AUGAAGAUCCACUACUUCCCAUUAAGCGGCCCCUCACAUAUUGUCUUGAAUGUUGCUGACUAACUAGGUGUCGAGUAUGAAAAGGUUCUUGUCAAUAUCACGGGAGGAGAUCAACAUAAAGAUGAAUUCGUCAAGAAGAACGGCAACAAGAAGGUUCCAGUCUUGGAAGAUGAUGAUGGAACUACUCUCUCUGAGGCUAUGAGCAUCAUUAAAUAUCUUUCAGAUAAACACUCAAGUGACCUCUACCCAAAGGACUUAAAAGAAAGAGCUUUGGUUGAUAUGCACCUAGCAGCGUUGAAUGAUGCUAGAUCUGCAGGUCUUGGUCUUGUAUAUUUCGAGGUGAUCUUCCCAAGGUAGGAUCCACCCAUUAUCAUAAACCCAAUGAUCAUUGGUCUACUUAGACAGAACGUUGAAAAGAUUCUUGGAGAUUACAACACUUAGGUAGAAGGAAAAGAUUACGCUGUACUCGACAGACUAACUCUUGUGGACUUUGUUCUUAGUGGUAUCUUUAUUUGGCUUGCCUUCAUCCAGUAUGACCCCUCCGAAAAAUUCCCUCAUCUCUGCACUUAUUUUAAGAAUCUUUCAGAGAAAUUGCCAAGACUCCUAGAUUGCUAGAGGAAUUUCCACGAGAAUUUAAAAGCUCUGUCUGAAUGA